ACAAUUAUGGACAGUCCUGAGGCACCCUUUAAAAUUAUGGACAGUCCUGAGGCACCCUUUGGAAUUAUGAACAAUCCUGAGGCACCCUUUAAAAUUAUGGACAGUCCCGAGGCACCCUUUGGAAUUAUGAACAAUCCUGAGGCACCCUUUAAAAUUAUGGACAGUCCCGAGGCACCCUUUGGAAUUAUGAACAAUCCUGAGGCACCCUUUAAAAUUAUGGACAGUCCCGAGGCACCCUUUGGAAUUAUGGACAGUCCUGAGGCCCCCUUUAAAAUUAUGGACCGUCCCGAGGCACCCUUUGGAAUUAUGGACAGUCCUGAGGCCCCCUUUAGAAUUAUGGACAGUCCCGAGGCCCCCUUUAGAAUUAUGGACAGUCCCCAGGCCCCUUUAGAAUUAUGGACAGUCCCGAGGCCCCCCCUUUAGAAUUAUGGACAGUCCCUGAGGCCCCCUUUAGAAUUAUGGACAGUCCCGAGGUCCCUUUUAGAAUUAUGGACAGUCCCGAGGUCCCCUUUAGAAUUAUGGACAGUCCCAGGCCCCCUUUAGAAUUAUGGACAGUCCCGAGGCACCCUUUAGAAUUAUGGACAGUCCCGAGGCACCCUUUAGAAUUAUGGACAGUCCCGAGGUCCCCUUUAGAACUAUGGAUAGUCCCGAGGCCCCCUUUAGAAUUAUGGACAAUCCCGAGGCCCCCUUUAGAAUUAUGGACAGU